AUGGCUUCAAAGGUCUCAUGCUUAUAUGUUUUGACAGUAGUUUGUUGGGCAAGCGCUCUUUGGUAUUUAAGUAUAACUCGCCCUACUUCUUCCUACACUGGCCACAGACAGCUCAGUAGCAUACCUAUAGCCAGAAAAAAUGUUUCCUUUGGCAACAUAAGAACUCGACCUAUAAAUCCACAUUCCUUUGACUUUCUUAUCAAUGAACCCAACAAGUGUGAGAAGAGUGUCCCUUUCUUGGUCAUUCUUAUCAGCACAACUCACAAGGAGUUUGAUGCAAGGCAAGCCAUUCGAGAAACGUGGGGAGAUGAAAACAACUUCAAAGGAAUUAAAAUCGCCACGUUAUUUCUUCUCGGAAAAAACACAGAUCCUGUGUUAAAUCAAAUGGUAGAGCAAGAAAGCCAAAUUUUUCAUGACAUUAUUGUGGAGGAUUUUAUUGACUCGUAUCAUAACCUCACUCUGAAAACAUUGAUGGGGAUGAGGUGGGUAGCAACAUUUUGUUCAAAAGCGAAGUACGUUAUGAAGACAGACAGUGAUAUUUUUGUAAAUAUGGAUAAUCUUAUUUAUAAGCUGCUCAAACCUACCACCAAGCCAAGGAGAAGGUACUUCACAGGUUACGUUAUAAAUGGAGGACCAAUACGAGAUGUUCGCAGUAAGUGGUACAUGCCAAGAGAUUUGUAUCCUGACAGCAAUUAUCCACCCUUCUGUUCAGGCACCGGCUACAUAUUUUCAGCUGACGUGGCGGAACUGAUUUACAAAACCUCCCUUCAUACCAGACUUCUUCAUCUUGAAGACGUGUAUGUUGGACUCUGUCUUCGGAAGCUGGGCAUUCACCCCUUCCAAAACAGUGGCUUCAAUCACUGGAAAAUGGCUUACAGCUUGUGCAGGUACCGCAGAGUGAUCACAGUGCACCAGAUAACACCAGAAGAAAUGCACAGAAUUUGGAAUGACAUGUCCAGCAAGAAACAUCUUAGAUGUUAA